AUGACGCGCGCGCGUUUGGACUCUGUAGUAACAGUUGUGGAUGGAGAUGCGUUGGCUCCAGAUACGAUGCAAGGGGUGGAACUUUGUGCUGUAGCUAUUCGGCAGCUUCAAUGCGCAGACGUGGUCUUACUGAAUAAAGUAGACUUGCUAGACUUGACGAAACUAAGAUUUGCAAGAAAAGUGAUCGAAAAAUAUGCGCCUAAUGCUCGAUUGUACGAGACAAAUCAUAGCCAAGUGUAUUUACCUCAUGUGCUGGAUAUUGCACCACCAGAGGACGUAUUUAAUGGUGGAAUCAGUCAUGAAAAGGUGCAAGGGCAAUGGAAUACAGGUCUUAGUGCAUGGAAUAAUUCGAUCAAACCCGGGGCUAGUCGUUUAAGAGUGGAGAAUAGCCGAGAAGUUGAGAACACUGGCACGUGGCUUGCGACACGGAAGACGCAGUUUGUUGUCAUUGGGUUGAAUAGUUCUCGUGACGAUUCCAAAGAGCGAUUUGAUAAGGCUCAAGCUCUUGAAAGUUUAACGACAAAUUUGGUAACCUUGACAAAUCAUUUAGAUAUGUCAUGUCGUGAGCCAAUUCUGAAACUGUUUGAAAGAGACAAGCGGUUUGAAAUAAUUGCUUCACCUGAUCAAGCAACGACAAUUUCCUUCCGCCUUACGUGUCCUACAUCAGCAUUGGACGAGACGAUGCUACGCCACCAUCAUCAUGUCGACAUGAAUGAACUGACUAGGCGACUAGUCCGUGAGAGAUCGUUUCUACGCUGUGGCUUCAAUCAUUGGUCCUGCAUCUGUCUUGAGCUUGUGGCAUGA